GUUAACUCUUUUAAGCUUUAUCUUCUUUGCUUUAUCCUGCUACAUUGCAUUUUCUGUCUGCCACUUGCUUUAAGUUAAUAAUUUCUCCAUCUCUGUCCCCAGAACAGGAAAAGCAGUGGUGGUCCGGUAAUAGUAGUAGCUGUAGCAUAAUUUGUACAUAGCAUUUUCGGUGCUGUGUAGCUGAGUCAAGUCAACUCCACCUCUUAUCUGCUAAGUCUCCUCUGGAAUCUUGAUAUCAGUUCAGUUCAAUUCAAUCCUGAUCCUCGACUCAGUUAGUCCAAGUAGCUUCCUAGGAGAGAAACAGAUCUGAGUUAGAGAUGUCUGUUCCAGAUGCUGCAGUGACUUUUCUGCUGGACAACCUUCGCCAAGUACUGAGUUACAACUAUCAUUUGAUCGCCGAUGUACGAGAUAACAUUCUGAUUCUUUGCCAAGAACUCGAGACUCUGAAGGCUCUGAUGAGAGAUUACUCGAGAUACAAUCACGACAGCGAUUUUCUCAAGGAAUUGGUGAAGGAAAUAAAGACUGUAGUCAACCAAGCUGAAGAUGCUGUGGACACUUAUAUCGUUCAAGCCUCGGUUCAAAGAGCAAGAUCCUGGAUAUCUAAAACUUUUCACAUAAUUGAUUAUCCCACCAGGCUUCGGGACGUGGGGAAACAGAUUGAAGAAGUUGGCAAGAAAGUGAGGGAGAUUAAUCAAGAAAAGGCCAGGAAUGGCUUUGAGGCCCUGCAGUAUCAAGUCAUCGCCAGUCUUAACAAGAUUCCAAAGCCUAAAGAGGCACCAAAAGUAGAGGAAGAGCAUGUGGUUGGUUUUGAGGAGGCAACGGAAAAAGUAAGCAAACUUCUCACCGGUGGAUCACAACAUCUUGAAGUAAUCUCAAUUGUUGGUAUGCUUGGACUAGGCAAGACAACGUUAGCUAAAAAGGUUGUUAAGGAUCCAAUUGUUGAUUAUGAAUUUAUGAUCAAGGCAUUUGUUUACGUUUCAAAAGAAUACGAGAAAAGGGAAGUGUUCCUCAGUAUUCUAAGAUCUUUUACACAAAUCAACGAUGAGGUGAAUAAGAUGGUAGAAGAUCAGUUAGAAGAAUAUCUCCGCAAGCAGUUGGAGGGAAAGCAGUAUUUAGUUGUGAUGGAUGAUGUCUGGGAGAAAGAGGAUUGGGAUAGACUCAAAAAAGCUUUUCCAAGCAAUAACAAGCGGUGCAGAGUUCUAAUAACUACUCGAAAUAAGAAUGUUGCUGAAUAUGCAAGUCGGGGUAUCCCUUUCCAUAAGUUGGACUUUUUACCUCUAGAAAAGAGUCGGGAGUUACUUCGUUGGAAGGUCUUUGAUGAUGACAAGUGCCCAAAGGAGCUGCAGGAGUAUGAGAUAGAAAUAGCAAAUAAAUGUGAUGGAUUACCACUUGCAGUGGUUGUCAUUGCAGGUAUUCUUUGGAACAACAAAGAGAGAAUUGAUUGGUGGAAACAUGUGGCAGAUAGUGUUAAGGAUUACAUUGCAAGGGAUCAAGAGCAAACCACUAAGGUAAUAGAACUAAUGUACAAGCACUUACCAAAUCACUUGAAGCCAUGUUUCAUUUACCUUGGUGUCUUUCGGGAAGACUUUGAGAUCCCUGUUUGGAAGUUGUUGCGACUUUGGAUUGCUGAAGGACUCAUACUACAGGAAGGUGAUAUCAACUUGGAAGACAUAGCAGAGCAACACUUGGAGGAACUUGUUGCGAGAAACUUAGUGAUGGUUGGACAAAGAAGGUCAAAUGACCGAAUUAAAACUUGUCGCAUCCAUGACACUUUGCGUGAGUUUUGCAAGAAUGAAGCUACAGAAGAAAAUUUCUUCCAAGAAAUAAAAAAGGAUAAACUUGCGUUCUUUUUAUCUGAACACCCAGCUUUGGAUCAAUAUCGUCGGCUUUGCAUCAAUCAUGUCAAUGUUUUGGACUACAUUUCACGGCCCACACCUUCUGGUAAGUGUGUCCGGUCUUUCUUGACUUUUGCCAAAGAAGAAACUACUGUGGAACCAAAACAUGUCUCUGCAAUUCCCAAAACCUUUAAGUUGCUUAGAGUGUUGGAGGUUCAAUCUCUCACCUUCACCCGUUUUCCUCCUGAUCUAUGCCAUUUGGUUCUUUUAAAGUAUGUUGCUUUUUCUUCUAACAUCUCAGUCCUCCCUCCGGCAAUGUCUACCAUGUGUAACAUGCAAACUCUUAUAGUCAAUACAACAUCACGCACCCUUGAAAUCAAAGCAGAUAUAUGGAAGAUGCCACAGUUAAGGCAUUUGCAUACAAAUGCGUCUACUCUUUUGCCCUGUCCAGAUAACAAAAACCAAAGGAGCAAGGAAGAGGCUUUAAUAGGUGAAAAUCUUCUGACUUUGCAUACUGUUUCACCAGAAAGUUGCAAAGAAGAAGUGUUUGAAAGGACUACCAGACUCAAGAAAUUGGGAAUACGCGGAAAAUUAGCCAAGCUUUUUGAGAUCAAUGGCGAAUCUAGUUUGUUUGGCUAUCUUCGAAAGUUAGAUUCGCUUGAAAAUUUGAAGUUAUUGAAUGAGGAUAUAUCCUCCAGGUUAUUCGGUCUUCCUUCACAUAAAAGUUUUCCCAGAGAGUUGACAAAAUUGACUUUGUUAAAUACGCUGUUGGAUUGGAGUGAGAUGUCCACAUUAGGGAAGCUGGAAAAUCUCGAGGUUCUUAAGUUGAAAGACAAUGCAUUCAAAGGAAGGUUGUGGCAAACAGAAAAGGGUGGCUUUCUUCGUCUCAAAUUUUUGCACAUUGGACGCACAGAUUUGGUGGUAUGGGAAGCUUCAGUGGAUCAAUUUCCAAAGCUUAAAAGCCUUGUACUCAGAAAUUGUGAUAAACUCAGAGCCUUCCCACAUGACCUGGCAGAUAUUCCUAGCCUCCAGAUGGUGGUCCUUCACUGCACAAAUCCUUCGGUGGCUUCUUCUGCCAGGAAACUUCAGGUGCUGAAGCUAGAGCAAGCUCAAAGGGGCAACAAAACUAGUGGCUUCAAGCUCUCCGUAUAUCCUCCAGAACAUUGAGUGCCAAAUGCAUCUGAGUUGUCCGUGCCUUCUCAGAUUAUUAAUUCAGGAUAAAAUGGCCACUGAUCUUCUGGUCUAAAGCGAAAGACUGUGAAGCACGACGUCUUCAAAUUUAGUUUGGGUGUGCUUUUGAUUUGUAAGAAAUUUGGAUGUGGGCUUUAAACCUUAAUGUUAAUUUCAUGUAGAGUUUACUCCUGAGGAGGAGGAAUUUCAACAUUCACUUCCCCAUCUUCUUAGCAUAAUUUGUCUCUUACAUGGUGAAGAAACAUUUGGUUCCUUUCUCGCGAAA